AUGGACCAGCCUACAACUAAUGUGGACCUUGAGCAUGAGAAGAUUGAAGAUGAGAAAGAAGGAGGUCCCUUGUUGCAUUGUGAUCUUUGUGAUACAGAAUUAGUUCACAGAUUGGCUCAAAUGUUGAUGCCAGCGUUAGCCUGUGCCUGUGUUGAUAACACAACAGGAGACCCUUUCAAGUCUCCGGGUUCGGUGGCUGUUGAUUUGAGAAAGGAAAUGAUAGAUUUUGUUACCCAAAAAAGUGAAUCGUUCAUUGCUGAGUCUGUUAUCUUAGAAGGAGACCCAGAAGGUGGAGUGUUGGAUCAUCCUUUUGAUAUCAUUUCCUAUUUUGUUGAUGAAUUUGCAAAUUCCAAGAGGAAUUUGUUGAGCCAGGUUUCAGGAUGGCUACUAAGUGACUUGAGAGAGGACAAAAUAGAUGAUUUUGUUCAGGAGAUGGGAAUGAAUGGUUUUUGGUCACUGGAUAGAAGAGAAGCAGAUGCAAAAACUUGGCUCAAGAAUGUUGACUUCAAGAACUUAUUUCAUUGUAGCAUGAGUUUUAACAAUGCACAAGAUCUUGCCAACCAUGUUGAUGAUUGCAACUUUAGAUCUAUGAUUUGCUCAAAUGAGGGAUGUAAUGCAAGGUUUAGUGCUUGUCAUUUGAAGGAGCAUGAUUCAAAUUGUCCUUUCAAGAUAAUUCCAUGUGAACAAAAGUGUACAAAUAGCAUUAUGAGACGCGAGAUGGAUAGGCACUGCAUAACUGUUUGUCCAAUGAAGCUUGUGAAUUGUCCUUUCUAUGCAGUGGGUUGUGGAUCAGCUAUUGCCCAAUCUAUGAUUGAAAAACAUUUUUCAGAUGAACUUCAAUCUCACUUAUUGCACAUACUCAAUAGCAUCCACAAGAAAGCAGCAGAUGAAGAUCUUAAACGACGAGUAGAGCAAAUUGUACAGGCAUCAUCAAGCAGCAGGUUAGCAGAGGCUAAGGAUGUAAGAUCUUUUAAAAAUAUUGUGAAGGAUCUUGAAGCUAAACUAGGGCCUCUUGAAGUGAGUGUCAAAGUGAAAACUAGUGCAGAAACAGUUGCCAACAAUGAAGACAGUAGCACCAAAACAAAGGGUGUUGAGCAGCACACACAAGCUGAAGGGAGUGCCAUCUUGGAUAAGACUUGUACAGAGAAUGCUAUCAACAAUAAAAAUAGUGAGCAUAAGGAAAGUGGAAAGCAAGGGUAA